GGGCGGAGACGUUGACUGCCUCCAACUUUGCUCCGGGAUGCUCUUGAAUCGCUGACUACUUUGACUCUGAACGGAGUGGAGGAGAACCUGGCGCUCACGGACGGACGGACUGACGUUUAUUAUUAUUCCAUCUUGUUUAUUUUGAGGCUCACGCUUGUUUGUCCCAGACCGACGCAUGAGGCAAGGUAUGAGCACGGAGCUCCGUGAAGACACCGCGUGCUCUGCGCAGCGCGCCUCGAGCUUGCCGUUCAGCGUGGACGCGCUCAUGGCUCCCACGGAAGCGCCUCGUUACGGCACCGGCCGCUCGACGCUCAUAUACCAGCCGUCUGCUCCAGAUGACUGUGUCCCGUCGUCUCCUGUCAAGUCGGAAUCAUCGGAUCGAGACGAGGCAACCUGGACCAAGUCUUCAUGCUCACCGCAACCACGACAUUUGGUUCCGAAUACGUGUUCUCUCAGGAAGCACAAGACAAAUCGUAAGCCUCGCACUCCAUUCACAACAGCUCAGCUCCUGGCGCUGGAGCGCAAGUUCCGUCAGAAGCAGUACCUCUCUAUCGCUGAGCGUGCAGAGUUCUCCAGCUCUCUCUGCCUGACUGAAACUCAGGUGAAGAUCUGGUUCCAGAACAGACGGGCCAAAGCCAAGCGACUGCAGGAGGCCGAGAUAGAGAAGCUCAAAAUGGCGGCCAAGCCCUCAGCUCAUUCAGGCAUCUCGUUCCCAUUUCCUCUCAACAGUCAACCACAGGGAGCAGCAACGCUCCUUUAUGGACAAUCAGGACACUUUCCUUUCCGCAGAUACAUGCUCCCUAUGCCUCCACUUGGGAUUUACUCUACACCUUUGGCUUAUAGUAUGUAUCAUUUGUCCUGAGAGGCAAUAUGGAUUUUUAUUCAUUCAAACUGAAGACUAUUUGUUGGUGCCUAAACAUCUUUGCCAAGUAGGCUGAUAAGUAAUCUAAAUAAUGUGUCAAUGACCAAAACAACAAAAUGUCUAAGGGGCCUGAGUGUUUUUUUUUUUGUUUUUUUUUUUUAUUUUUUAACAUAGUAGUAAUUUUAUAAAAGUUUUGAAAAAGAUAUAAAGAGCCCUAG